GAAGGGACGAGUUCUUCUUGUUUCCAGCUCCGUCAAAGACGAUCAGCAACGGGCAUCGGCCGGCCACCUUGCUCGCCAUCAUCACCGUCGUUGCCUUCCACUACAACAACAACACACGUCGUCCGGUCAUCGUAAGUUGAGGUGAGAGCUACUGCGUCUAGUUUCGUACAUGAGGAACGAUCAGCUACCCGAGGAUAACGCGGAAUCGGAACGCACUCCCAACCGUCUGAAUCCAGGGUAUAUGGACUACACUCCGCUGGUGAUCCUCCAGCAAAGAUUGAACGCACUCGAGAGCAAUUACGGUAACCAGAACCCACACGAUGACAGUAUUUUCGCGCCCAGGAUCGCCAGAGUCUCCCCCAUGCCAGCAGGACCAGACAACGCCCGCAGAGGGCUCCCGUCCAUUCAUUAUCAGGCCUCAGCAACCUUCGACAUCUCGGCGCUCCAUCUCCAGAACCCCACCGCGGCCACGUUCUCCAACGCCGCCGCCGCAGUGGCUGCUUCAACCCCAGUCGCCGCCAUGCGUUCUGCCGUUCGCAUUGCCUCCAACCCCGCCUCAUACUCCACCGCGUCCUCCAACACCGCCACAUACUCCACCUCGCCAAUCAGGUACACAUCCACGCAACCAUCAUUAUACUGCAUAGCUUCCACAUCCAGGAACGGCUACUACAGCCCUGGGUCCGCCUCCAACUCCGACACCGAAUCCGCAACCAGCACCGAAACCAUCUCCGCCAGCGAACACGACUAUGACACGAUCCCACCAUUCCGUCGCCGCGCACUCGCACUCGACAUCAACGACGCCGCCGCGGCCACCGCGGCUGUCCGUCGCCGUGCUCUAGACGAGAACGAAGAUGAGGACAUGAUCCCGCGCAAGAAGGCCAAGCGAUCGAUGCAUCACGUGAUCGCGGUGAACCGCGUCGACGGGAACGGCAACUUCAGCGGAAACGGCAGCGGCAGCGAUGGGAACGGCAGUGGCGUCGGCAGGAAUGGCAGUGGCAUCGGUGGAAACGGCAACGGCGUCGGCGGGAACGGCAGUGGCGUCGGUGGAAACGGCAGCGGCGUCGGCGGGAACGGCGAGAACGAAAUUAUGGAUUGCGAGCUAUGAUGAUGAUAAAGUUUUUUGAUCGACGGCUCCAAUAAUGCCCAAUACGGUUUUCAACAUUUUAUACAACUUUUUCGAUAUUAUAUAAUUACUCGCCGUCGACAAAUAUUAUAAUUUUUUUUUUUAAUUUUUUUUUUGCGAUUAUUUUCUAUUAUGAUUUGCAUUUUAAUAUUAUAUUUUAUAUAAUAUUAUGCUUUAUAUCGUUACGUUUCGUUAGGGCCACACGUCCAUACAUAGUAAUAUAAAUUGUUCGUAGAAACCGUCGUUUUAACCACACCAUACCGAUACCAUAGUGGUAAAUAUUAGUAUACAAAACGUGGUACUUACAUUAUCCAUCCACACUUCGUGGCGAGCACUCUAAUUAAAAAAAAAACUCUACUUCUCGAUAACUGGUGGAAACUGUUCGUGACUUAAUAAUAUUAUAGUAUAAUAUCGUCUAAAUCGUCUAAAUCGUUUUUGAAAAACGCCGUUUUUUUCCAAGUGGUACGAAAAAAGUUGUAAUUGUUUUAAAAAUGCCUGAGUGGUUUUUACGUUGUUUUUUUUUCAAAACUUGUACACAACUUUUUUCGUGACCGAGUGGACGAAAAGAAUGGAUGAUCAAAAAACGUCUAAAUCGUUUUUGAAAAACGCCGUUUUUUUCCAAGUGGUACGAAAAAAGUUGUAAUUGUUUUAAAAAUGCCUGAGUGGUUUUUAUGUUGUUUUUUGUUCAAAACUUGUACACAACUUUUUUCGUGACCGAGUGGACGAAAAGAAUGGAUGAUCAAAAAACGUCUAAAUUGUUUUUGAAAAACGCCGUUUUUUUCCAAGUGGUACGAAAAAAGUUGUAAUUGUUUUAAAAAUUCCUGAGUGGUUUUUACGUUGUUUUUUUUUCAAAACUUGUACACAACUUUUUUCGUGACCGAGUGGACGAAAAGAAUGGAUGAUCAAAAAACGUCUAAAUCGUUUUUGAAAAACGCCGUUUUUUUCCAAGUGGUACGAAAAAAGUUGUAAUUGUUUUAAAAAUGCCUGAGUGGUUUUUAUGUUGUUUUUUGUUCAAAACUUGUACACAACUUUUUUCGUGACCGAGUGGACGAAAAGAAUGGAUGAUCAAAAAACGUCUAAAUUGUUUUUGAAAAACGCCGUUUUUUUCCAAGUGGUACGAAAAAAGUUGUAAUUGUUUUAAAAAUGCCUGAGUGGUUUUUAUGUUGUUUUUUUGUUCAAAACUUGUACACAACUUUUUUCGAGACCGAGUGGACGAAAAGAAUGGAUGAUCAAAAAACUGAUGCGGAAAAAAUAUGUCCGUCUUCCGCGUCCGCAAACGGUUUUCGCGAACGAUUCGCUGUCUAUAAUGGGCGUGUGGCUUCUCAUUUUUUUUAUUACGAUUAUAUUAUUUCUACAUUUAUUACGACCGAGCUCGGCGUAAAGGCUUAAAAAACUACGCGAAAUCGCGAUCUUGUCGAAAGCUCAUAUUAUCAUGCUCUCGUUUACCGUAAAAUAAUAUUUUAUCAUUUAACAUAUUUUACAUUAUAACGUGCUAUUGUUAAUUUGUGCAUUUUUUUUUUUUAAUAUUUUUUUAAAUUGUAUUUUUCUAUUGUAUCCGUGAGACCAUCUCACAGACUAUUAUCUGAAUAAUAACGAUUUCGGUAAACCUGCAGCGAUGAUCGCUUGAUGCUUAUUUUAUAAUAUUUUAACGAUUGUAUAAGUACCCAUAUUUUUCAGGCUUUUAAUAAUAAUAUUAUGCGUGUACUUACUCGUUUACCGUCGUUUCGAGGCGGUGUUUUUUUUUAAUAAUAAUUAAUUCGACAUUAUAUGCUUUUUAA